UCGACUCCAGCGGUCAACGCCCCGAUACCUCGAAUCGCCAAACCCUUGGAAACCCUUGGGAACGCCUUCCCACCAACUGAUCCAUCAAAUUUGGUCCCUGAUGAAAGCGACGGACAGGGGCCAAGCUGCUCUUCACCUCCCGCCUGCCUCGGGUUCACGGUGUAUGGGCGGGGGCCUGAUGGUUCGACAUCCCACGGGCCGUGACUGCGGCGAACUUCGGAGCCACUCGAAAUCUGCGAGCGACCAGUCCCAAGGCUAACGUCUUUGGCCCGGAGCGCACCGGCAUGGCUGCCUUGUCAGUUUCGCUUGGCCAGAAACGUUCACCAAGCACCUCGGCUUGCAUCAAAAAGGAGGACUGGAAGCAGGCCUCGACAUCCCAGGCCAGCCGACUCCAGGCUCUCGCUCCUGCACCGACACAUUGCCGGUCUCCCAAACUUCCAUCAGCAGGCGAUGGGAGGAGUGCUCCCUUGGGUCACUGUGCCCUGUAAGAUCACGCGCCUGCCCAUUCUCCAUUGAGCGAAGAAUGGGAGGCAAGGAGGAUCAGAUCAAGUGGACAGGGGUGACACUGUUUCGCGCUUCCGAUUCGACAGACCUGUGAUUAUGGACCCACCGCGCUAGGCCGCUUGCGGAUACCUGGCUUGGGCCCGGCUGAAAGGACCAGAUCGCUCUCGGCGGUGUCGCAGCACUCUCUGACAACUUGUGCCCAGCCAGCGGAAUCCGACAAGCAACGCGCAGGUCGGCACAGAGGUAAGACCUG